AUGCCUCGGCGACAAUUUAUCAACGACUUGCAGAAAGCGCAGGACAACGCCACUCCACUUCCACACGGCAUCUUCGGUCUUCAGCAAGGCGACGAUGACGGCCAAUUCGAGUUUGAGUUUCUGGCUCCUACCGAUCCCGCUCAAGAAGCAGUCAAGAUCACCGCACUCAUUCCCGACGUCAGUGAGUACCCGAAAUCGCACGAGUACAUGAUCUUUUGUGGCGAUGAUGCACCUCGCCAUAUCGCUUCCGCCUUAGAGAUCGUGCGCGGCACCAAUCGCAAGACUGUCUUCGAGCUACUGGACAUCGUCUCGGCCACGCUCAAUAGGCUUUCGCCAGAUAAGGACGGAGAUAUCGGCAUGCCAGACUCGCAAGCGGACGAUCUGGAAAGCGAAGACGAGGUUGAUGACGAUGUAUAUGACAGUGAUCACGAGGCAUUCGAGAUUAGUGCUCAGCACACAACGACUGUUCCCACGCCAAACGGCAAGCCUAGAACAACGGGGCGUGCAUUUCGUACCCGCAUUCGUGAGGAUCUGCGUAUCGCCAAAAGUGCAGGUUUCAAAGUCGGUCAUCUCGGCCAUCUGCUCGAUGGCCACAACUCGUUUGUCACCAUUUCUAUUCGCAUGUCAAAGCUUGGCAUAUCAGACGAAGCCAUGCAGGCUUGGCAUAUCGAUCCGAAGGACUAUCUCAUCCUCAUCAUUCAGUAUCCCAAUGGCUAUAAGACCAACGAAGAACUCCAGAGCUGCGACAGCUUACGUCUCGCUCCAAACCUCGGCAUGCGCCUUUGUGCGAGCAAGAAGUACAAGCCGACACUGCAAGAGGCCAUAAAGGCUUUUACAACAGUCAAGAAAAGCGAUCGUGACAGUAUCUCGUCGACUGAUCUACCAUCUGCUGAAGCUCCAGUGGCCGAGGAGGACAACCUCCGCGACACGUUCAUCUCCAAACCACUCAAUGGCUUCUUCCAGGAGCGUCUCGUGCCUCUCCUUCGCUAUCGUAGUGCCGGAUUGGAUUGGUGCGGCGCCGAGAACUGGUUUACAGAGAUCACCAACAAUGGUGCUAGUGGUGCCGACGCUGUUCCCGACAAGUUCUACGAGCCCGAGAAGCUACACAACUCCCUUCCGCCUGUUGCCACAGCUGACCACUACACAGCACGCCGAGUGACGCAAUACUCCUUCCCGUUACUAGCCAUGCAAUUCGCACUUCGGCACUUCAUACGCUGCACAGAGUUCUGCUUGGUCUGCCAUCGGAAGCUCUACAGUGACAUUGAGGCGAUCAAGCCAUAUGUCUGUGAUCAGAGCCUGUGUCUGUACCAGUACAUGACACUCGGCUUCGGUCCUUCCAUUGAGCACGAGAUCAUGACACAGCCUUAUGUCGUCGAUCUUUUGCUAUCUUUCUGUUACAGUAGUGCAAACUCGAAGCGUUUGAAGGACUUUCCAGAUGGCCUCGCGAUGAUGGUACCUCCGAUAGAUCUGGCUAUCUACAGCGCUGGGCCAGAUCUGGCAAGUUAUGGCUAUCGAGUCGGCCGUCAACCACCGGUGGUGGAGAAGAAGGUUGAGCCAGAUGCACUGCCUACGUACGAGGUCGGCUACGACGCUGACAGGCUUGAGCUCAUCUUCUUCAACAUGCCUGAACAUUGUCCGGUCAGAAGAGGCAGUUGGAUCGUGUUGAAGAUGCAAGGCACUGUGGAUGCUUCUGAGGUCCAUUGCAGAGUGGCUGAUGUGACUUACUACCCAACCAUCAGCAUCGAUCCACCUUUGAUCCUACCAACUACUGCAAACUUCGCAACGGCACAGACAACCACCAGCAAGACUACCAAGACUGUGACGCCAGCGACCACACCCAAGUGGGCUCAGGCACGCUUUCAGAUCUACGAGCAGGAUUUCGAGAAGCUCGACAAGAACGGUAAAUGUCUGUCGAUCUGCAAGCUGCUCGACACCAUUCCGAACGUCAAGGAUUUGCAGGACUAUCUGGCCAAGAACAGGCCGGCAGACCUCAAGUUUUGGGUCAACCGUCUCUCGCCAGCAGCACUAAGUCUACUUCGCUGGGUCAUUGCCAGUAAUCGUGCUUGCAUCAUGCAGGUUGAUGGCGAGACUUCAACUGGCCAAGAGCGUCUAUUUGGUAUGAAGGACUAUAUGCAGUUCCGCUUCGCCAUGGGUGCACCAGACAAAGAGCAACGUUUCAUCUCGGAAGUGCGCAAAGUGUCGGAUCGCAAAGAGUCCAAAUUCCCUACCAUGUUUGCUUGGCAUGGAAGUCCGAUCUACAAUUGGCACAUGAUUAUUCGCGAGGGCUUGCACUUCAAGAAUGCCGAUCACGGUCGUGCAUAUGGAGAUGGUGUGUAUCAUGCCAAAGAGGCCAGCACAUCCACCGGCUACUCGGGUAUGGCAGCUUACGGCUAUGGGGGACAAGCAAACACACAAGGCAGAUGGGCUAACAGCUUGCUCAAUGUCAACAGUGCUCUGGCGCUCAACGAGAUCGUCAAUGCUCCGGACGAGUUCCAGUCGUCAAACCCAUUCUACGUCGUACAACAUAUCGACUGGAUCCAGACUCGGUACCUCUUCGUGUCGUGUGUCCCGCCCGACCGCUCUACCAUCUCGAUCGGGCAAGAGAAGAAGCCAUCGAAUGCGUAUUCGCAGGAUCCUCAGCGUACACCUAUGGGUCUUGGUAGUGCCAUUGUAAUUCCUGCUUCGGCCAUCAGAUCUCGGCUGCCUGAGGCGAGUGACGAUGGUGCUCGUACGGCACGUGUGAAGAGUCCAUCCAAGAGACUGAAGGGAUCAGGUGGCUUCGACAACCCGAUUGCCAUCGAAGAUAGUGAUGGCGAUAGUGUUGCUACUGACGCCGAAGAUCUCGAGAUCCUAUUCGAGGAAGCUGAGCCAGAGCCGGAAGUACUGGUCGGUUCGGUCGUUCAGCCAAAGGCGGCUGUCGGAACUCCCACCGACUUCGUGCCUCGCUUGCUUGAUUGGAGCACCUUACCCAUUAUGCCGCAACCCGCGUAUGCCGACAGUGGAGCUACUAAGCGCCUGAUGAAAGAGCUCAACAGCCUCCAGAAGGUUCAGCAGUCGACGCCUGAUCUGGGCUGGUAUAUCGAUGUCGAGAAGAUCGACAAUCCCUACCAAUGGAUCGUGGAGCUUCAUUCAUUCCACGUCAUCGAUCCUACCCUCAAAAUGAUCAAUGAUAUGAAGAAACAAGACGUCAAAUCCAUCGUCCUCGAGAUCCAAUUCCAGGAGGACUUUCCCUUCUCACCACCCUACGUCCGCGUCAUUCGUCCUCGCUUCCUUAGUCUUGGCCAAGGCGGCGGUGGACAUAUUGUUCUUGGUGGAGCAAUGUGCAUGGAGCUACUCACCAACACGGGAUGGUCGAGUGUGUCGUCUAUGGAAAGCGUGUUGAUGCAGAUCAGAUUGGCGAUUGCCUCUGAUCCGCCGGCGAGGUUGGACAUGAGCAGUGGGCGUAGUGGACACGGGCAGGCGGAUUACGGCGUUACGGAGGGUGCAGAUGGUUACAUCAGGGCUUGCAAUGCGCAUGGGUGGAAGAUCCCGCCGGGGUUCAAGGAGAUGGCUUAUGGGAUUCGAGAUGCUGGGUCCGCGCCGCCGUAG